AUGGGGAUUCAGGGAAACGCUGCACCAUCUCAAUAUAAACAGAGAUCAAGAAAGAAUAAAAAUUCAUGGAGAAAGCAUAUUGACUUGGAAGAUGUCGAGGGUGGCCUUCAGGUUGCCAGAGAAGAGGAAGUUCGAGGUGACAAUUUGUCUAAAAAGUCCAAUGACUCUCUAUUCGUAGUUGAUACUUUCGGUGAUGACCGUGUGGCCAAGAGAAGCAGAAAAAAGAUCAAGCCCUUGAAGGUAGACGAAAUUCUACAAAAUAAGUCUUCCAUUCAAGGACUACCAUCAAAGCCUAAAACUACUGGGUUUGGCUUAAGCACGGACAAAAAGGGCAAGAUAAUGUCAAAGAACGAGUUGAACCGUCUUAAGUCUUUGGUGCACAGAAAUCCUUUGGGACCUACUGCCUCAGCGGCAGCAGCUAGUCUGAAAACCCAAGAAAAAGAACCCGAAUACGAUGUUUGGGAAAGCACAGCGGAAUCUACAAUCCCCGUAAAACGUCCUUCUACACUUUAUAAGGCACCCGAAAAUCUUGCUGAAAAUGUUGAACAUGUUCCCAAUGUUGAAGUCGCCGAUCCAGGAAUGUCGUAUAACCCUGAUGCUAGUGCAUGGAUGGGUCUGAUUGAUCGAAAGGGUUCAAGUGAGAUCAAAAAAGAGAAAGAACGCCUUCGCGAAAUUGAACUUCAAAAUAUGAUUAGCUCAAAAAUGAGCGAUGAUAAGGGUUUACUUUCAGAUGAGAACGAAGUUUCCGAGAAUGAAGAAAAUGCAGUGGACGCUGAAAACCAGAUGGAUACCCAGCACUACAAAACGGAGCCUAAGCGCAAGACUAAGUCUCAACGAAACAAGGAACGUAAAAAGAAGGAUGAGGUUGCAAAGUUAGAAGCUGAAAAGAAGCAAGAGCAACUGCUUAAAAUGAUUGAUAGAGCUCCUAAUAUUUCAAAGUCUUUGAAUAAAGAAGAAAACGAGGAUAAGUCGCUUGUGACCUCAAAUGAUAUGGACGUUUCUGAGAUUCUACUAAAGAAGAGAAAAUUUGGCAAACACAAAUUACCUGAGAAUCCUUUGGAAUUGAAGUUAGGUGAUGAAUUGACCAGUUCUUUGAGAGAACUGAAACCCGAGGGUAAUUUGUUUAAAGACAGGUUCCUCAGUCUUCAGCGUAGAGCCAUUAUUCCACCAUCAUUACCUAAGAAUAAGCGUUCACGAUAUGGUACUAAAUUGAAAGAAAAGUAUAGCCACAAAGACUUCCAUCUGCAAAAGACUGGUAUUUAA